UUGAUCUGCAAUGCUGCUGCCGUACUGUUGUGUGUACUUAUAUCCGGCUUGCGGCAGGGCCCGUUUGCAUUUCGCCUGGAUGGCUACUAAUUUUUAAUAUUAGUCAAAAUGAGGACAGUUAUCCAACGAGUCACCAAAGCGAGUGUAACUGUUGGUGACGAAUUGAUAAGUAGCAUUGGAAGAGGACUCUGUAUUCUGGUGGGGAUAUCAAAAGAUGACACUCCUAAAGAAAGAGAAUACAUAGUCAGGAAGAUUUUGAACCUGAGGGUGUUUGAUGAUGAAAAUGACAAAAGAUGGGCGAAGAGUGUCAAAGACAAACAACUGGAAAUUCUUUGUGUCAGUCAGUUUACACUGUACUCUAUACUGAAGGGCAAUAAACCAGACUUCCAUCAGGCAAUGCCAGGAGACCAAUCACAAACAUACUACAAUGAAUUCCUUGACAUGCUAAGGAAGGAUUAUAAUCCGGAUAAGAUUAAAGAUGGUCAAUUUGGAGCACACAUGCAGGUUCAUAUACAGAAUGACGGACCUGUCACUAUACAGUUAGACUCACCACCAGACUCAGGCAUAAGCACAGGUCAGGAGUCUGCAGGCAAUACAGAUCUGUUACGGCACUCCAGACAGGCCCCGGCUAACCUCAAACGAAAGCAUAGAGGAAUACCAACCAGCUCUGUGGGCUUUACACCAUUGCACUCUGAUCAGGAAACGUUGGAGAAUUCAGAGGGCUAUCUAGCAUGUAGUGUAUGCAGCAAUGGCCUAACUCAUGUGGAUGAACGACAUUUGACAACUACUGUGUGCAGCAACUGUGGCCGGGGGCUCCAUCAAGAUUGCUCUGUGCUUCAUCGGUGUGAUCUAAACUCUGAUAUACAUGGAAUCAAUGACAAUACAGAGAAUACUGCUGUAGACGGCAUCAUGAUACAUGCCCCAGCCAGAGUGUGCGUUGAAUGCCAGCAAGGUGGUGUGAUGGCUAUGUGUGCUGGGUGUGACAAUAACCUCCAUGAGAUGUGUAGAGCUCAACAUGAAUGCCCCGCCUUAGCUCAACACAAACAUCCCACCCUCAGUCAGCUUUUACACAAGAAGUAUUCAAAGUAUGGCCACCGUUCAAAACCACCAGAGGCACAGAAGCCUAAGAAAUCAUUCCGAUUGGAGAGAUGCAAGACAAAGAAGGAUUGCUGCAUCUGUUCCAAUAGAGGUGCAGGCGUUCACAUACGGCGCAGGUCACAAACUGUGUGCUAUUACUGUAAGAGAGGGCUGCAUUGGGAGUGCAGAUUCAGGCACAACUGUGAGCUAAUGACAACAGACCCAGAACAGCUUGCUGAUGGAGGAACUAAUGUGGUCUUUUUGACGGGUGGUAACAGAAAGAGGAGAGAUUGCAUUGUCUGCUCACAACGCAGGCUGGGAAAGCGACAUAGGUCCAGGACUAUAUGCAAGUUUUGCAAGAAAGGCCUGCAUAGGAAAUGUGAACAUAAUCACAUGUGUGCCUGGAUGAAGAAUGAGGAAGAAGUCAAUGAAAAUGAGUUGAAUAGAAUUUCUUCUGGCAGUCAAAAAAAGAAGAGAAAGACAGGAUCUAAGGCCCAGAGCACUUUGCUAGGUAAUAGUAGCAGCCAACUGCAUAUGGCAAAUCAACUAUCAAGUCAUAGCAGUGGCAGGAGCAUCUCCAAUGCAAAUCUCCAACUCAGUGCUCAACCACAACUCAACUCUCACACACAGCUCAACCCUCCCACACAGCUCAACUCUCACACUCAACUCAACUCUCACACUCAACUCAACUCUCACACACAACUCAACUCUCACACGCAGCUCAACCCUCGAAUGCGAUUCCAUACUCAAGAAGGGUUAUUGUCUCAACUCCAGCUGAGACCACAUGAAACUCCAACACAUGCUCACCGGAAUACUCUUGCCCAGACAUCCACUGCUCUUGCCGAGACAUGUAAUAUCAAAGUUGAAAUUGAAGAGGACUGUGAGUUUAUUUCGAAUGCAGCUAACCCUACAGAAGUGGACUCCUCUCAAGGACAUCAUUUCUUACAGGAAGACAUAGAGAGUGAUAGGAAACCAACAGUUGUGAAGAUCCUUGGUGAUGAUGUUAGAGAUGGAAGGAAGGACUGCAUUGUAUGCUCUAGUCGUACCUGCUUCGGCAGGCGUAAGAGGGCCUACACUCAGUGUAGUCUGUGCAAGAAGGGUCUACAUCAUAGGUGUCUUCAGUUCCACGUCUGUGGUCUCAGCAAACAACAUCCAAAGUAUGAUGUCCCAACUGUGAGCUCUGCAGUGGAUAAAGCAACAGUGUUCACCUGGAGUAAUAAGCCUGAUGAUAUGGUAGAGGAAGCCGACGAGUUGAGUGACGGCUUUUCACAGGAAGAUAACCCUGAGGUGGUAGCAAUGUUGGUCAAGUGUGGACCACAAAGCUUAGUAGACUGUAAUGAAUGUGCCUACCAUGAUGGAAACAAGAAGAUGACCCAUCUCAUGUGCAAUGUAUGUGGUAUAGGGGUCCACAGGAAAUGCUUCUAUCGCCAUCAGUGCUUUAGGGACGAGGAGAACACAGAAAGGCAUGCGCCUAACUUGAACACAGGCACGUUUGUUGGGGAGAGACCAUUAGUGGUACGGAUAGAGAGCUGUGAGGUGAAAGAUGGAAGAAAAGCAUGUGAUGUUUGUUCAGGAAAGAAGCGGGAUGGGAAGAGAAAUAGAUCAAGAACACAGUGUGCUGUCUGUAGGAGAGGUCUACAUGUCAGGUGCCUUGCCCAACAUAUCUGCCCUGGGAGCAACGUUAGCAAUGCACAAGAUUCAUCCUUCACUGCUUUAACUGAAGCCACGAUGCCAAUGACCAUUUCAAACGAUGAAGAGAUGAAUGAUGUAGAACCAUCACUAGAACCUUGUCAGCAGGAUCUCUCAACACCCUCUACAUCCAAUGCAAACUUCAUUGAUGGUGAUCAUUCUCCAGUGCCUAUGAAAGACCGAAAAAAUAAGGACUCUAAUCUUCUAAAGACAGGCCAAGACAAAUUCUGUACGGUAUGCCAUUCUGGCCAGAAAACCAGGAUGGCAUGCCUUGUCUGUAAGGAGAACGUUCACCUAAGAUGUGAGUGGCGCCAUUACUGCAAGUUCAAUGAUACUUCCAAAGGAAACACAGUGUCUGGAACCAAGACGCCCGUUGCUGUGGUCAAAGCACAACCCAAGGACAAGAAGGUAGAGAAGGCAACCAAGUAUGUGUCUAACUUCACAGAGACUUUCCAAGAUCAGCCUGAUACUCAAAUACAGUUCAUUGAUUCAAUCAACAAAGGAACACAGGGCAGCAUCAGUGUGGCGGAGAUGAUGCUAUCAGUCACCGGUCUACUGUCAGGUCAGAGAGAGCUGUUAUGUAGUCUGACUGGAUUCCUUCCUCCUGGUCACACUGUUGGCAUCCAGAACAAUGACCCUACACAGGUCAUUGUACGCAUACCAGGUCAGAGGUCAGCUCUCAACAGGCAGGAGCUGACAGAGUUUGUGGACUCAAUUAGGAGUAACUCUGCAUCGGCUGUUCCUGAAGAACAGAGGGCACCCUCAGACAUGACAGCAGGGUUGAGUGAACUUAUAUCCCAGUUUGAUAAACUAUCAACGACGCAGUCAUAGUUGUAUGAAUAGAAGCAGUGUAGUCUAUUAACUUUCAAUGUGUGUAGUAGUUGGAAUUUUAGCUUUUAAGUUUAUUAGUACUAAUACUAAAGUAGAAAGAUAACGUGCAUGUAAUUUAAAAUAUCCUAAUUUAUAAUCAUUGAAAUGGAAGGUCACAUUGUAACCAACAAUGUGCAUUCUGUAUUGACUUCUGUUAAAUCUUGCUAGCAAUAUUUUCCUUCUCAGUUGUGCAAAAGCUAUCAAUACUGCAUAAACUGUUGCAAGGCCUUUUUUGAAAGCACUAAUAUCUCGUAAUAUCUACAUGGAAAUGCAAUUAUUGUCUUUAGAAAAAAUUAGUAGAAAAAUUAAAUGGGAUUGGAUGAAUUUGCUUACAUGCAGGUAUUUAGGUUCACCUUGGAUUGAAUAUAUUCUGAGGGUGUUUGAGAUUACCUCAUAUUUGAAUGCAGUACAGUCACAUGGAACCUCUUACAUCAAGGGCAAAACAUGUUUUGGUGAUUGGUCCAUUUUAAGUGUAGCUGUGUCAGGUAUGGUGUGAACAUUGUUCCGGCACUGGGCCAGUCAAGGACAUUCAGGCAGGUUGAUCCGGAGGAGAGGCCCGGAUGCAACCCUAUAGACAAAGGAGUAUGGACGGCCUAGCACAAUUUUUUGGAUUUGAAACAUAUAAAUGAAUAAACAAGGGAAGGGGGGGGGUAAUUGGUGUUGAAGGGAACCGUAGCGUGACAAAUUAUAGAGCUUAUACAGACCAUCAAGUGCUUACUGAAUGUGGGAUUGACUCAUGGUGUACAGCUUACCUUGUCAGUGUAUCACAAAUUAAUUUGCAUUGAACAAACUUAUUAUUGGAAAGAAGUGACGCCACGUGUUUGACCAAACGGGCUCUUUGCCAGUUAAUUGCGUCUGUGUGGUGUCUGUGUCAUGUUUAUUUAGAUGUACAUGCAUUCAUAUUCUUGUUUGGUCGAAUGGAAUUGACUCCUCGAAUGCAGUCGGCAUUAUUGUUAUAUUAACCCUUCCCCCCAAAAAAUAUUUUAAAAAAUAAAAAUAAAAAUGGGCACUGUACGAUAGAUGCAUUGCCUUUCUUGUCUCUUCUUUUUGUACAGAAUGCCUAACCACAGCAAAAGAUAAAACCGUUGUUAUAUUUGUAAUGUGCAUGUGUUGUCUGAACCUUCUUAUCAGCCAUUAUUCUUUCUCAAUCACACUCUUUACCUUCUGUCUCUUCAUCUCUCUCUCUCUCUCUCUCUUCUCUCUCCCUCUCUCUCUCCCUCUCUUUGUACUUCCCUUAUCUCACUUCAUGUAGAGUUCUGACUUUCUGUGAAUAUUUAUUUCAUCACAAAAGAGGUAUAGGUCAGUAUUUGUGCUGAAGAUGUUUUGUCUCGUAAUGUUGUAAAAUAGAUGCUUUGUAGCUGCUCUUAUAUGGGGUGCUUAUAUUAGCUCUGGUGCGACAAUAAUAGGGACUUUUAGAUUUGCACGACGAGAAUGUGGACUGCAACAUGUGACCUCCUUUUAAGGCACUGCCAUGUACUAAAAAGGAUGUCACAUGUGACUGCCAGUGCCUUAAAAGGACGUAACACGUCCACGCCAUCUAAAAGCCCCUAUUGUCGUCGUGGACAACCAUGUCAAAGAAUGUUGAUUUUCCCCGGAUUAAAAAAGUGUGAUCCGUUAUGGGUAAAGAGGUACGCGGAGCUACCCCGAACUUUUCACGAUCUUCGCCCAGUCAGUUCGGGUGGUGGCACCCUAGUUAACUCCACAAAGUAUGACGUAAAUGAUGAAUCGAAUCAAAUAGCAAGGAUAACACCUCAUUUAACAGUACUUUGAAUGCCAUGUCAUACAUUGUAUUCCAUAUGUUGGUGCAUGUAUGCUAUUACCAAUAUUUUUAUUUCCUUUGUUCUGCCGCUACCCUGAAUCUACAGAUUUUUUAAUUGUAUACAGUGACUUAUUUCUUUUGAGAUGGGUUUAUUUGCUAAUAAAAAAUAUGAGUGAUGGGUGUCGUAUUGAUGUAUUCAAUAAAAUACGAAACAGAUACCGUA